GUGGCGCCUUUCACCACCCAAAUCGACAAGAAUGCUGCGCGCAGUGACUGCCCACCUGGGACGUCGACCAUGCGGCGCGGCCGAGCCGCUUCGCCCUUUGGGCAUCAUGAAAUUUGCAACGAAGCCGUCAGCGUCACGUCCCAAGAGCGACCGGUCCGUUUAUGUUGGCAACUUGCCACACACGUGGACGGAAGAAGAUGUCAAGAAGGCUUUCCAACAAGUUGGGCCCAUCGAUAAAGUUCACAUGGCAAAGGACCACGAGACAAACCAGUUUCGCGGUUUUGCAUUUGUCGAGUUCGUCGACCCAAGUGAUGCUGCCAACGCUGUUGAGUUCGGCGCUAAGUUGGGCAAGAAGAAGUACCUGGUCAAGCCAUUCGUGCCGCCUCCUCCAAAGUCGUCUCCUCGGCGAAACACGUCGUCCAGAUCGUCCUCGACCAGCCUUCCAUCUCGCGCGGUGGGUGACGCGUCCCCGAUCGUCUAUUUUGGCAAUCUCCCAUUUGGUGGAUCCGACGACGACGUUGUUGACCUCUUCUCCAAGUGUGGUCCCAUUAAACACAUUCAUUUAGUGAAGAACUCCGCGGAUCAGUCCCGAGGCUACGGGUCCGUCGAGUUCGAAGACACGGUGUCCGUGGCGGCCGCGUUGGCAUUGGCUGGUCGCACCGACGUCACACGGACAGAACACAACCGUCCACUCAUUGUCAAACUUCCCCACCAAACUAAGCUCAACGUGCCGUCGACCGUCGUGCUCUUGAAGGGUGUGUCGCCGAACACGACGGAAGAAGCGGUGGAAGCAGCAAUCCGCGCCACCGGCGCGAAAAUCGCCCAUGUGCAUCUGCAAAAAGACAACGAGACCAAAGAGCCCCGGGGCAAGGGGUACGUGAUCCUGCACGACGCGGACAGCGUCGAGAAAGCCAUCACAGUUACCCACAUCAACGGCAACAAGAUCGAAAUCACCAUCUCCCACGACUUUAAGAACAAGCCCAAGACGCUGUUCGUGGGGAACCUGCCGGACAACGUGACGGAGGAAGACAUUCGGGACGUCUUCGCCACGUGCGGCCCCAUUUACCAAGUGCGCCUGGCGCAGCACCCAGGGUCAUCUCGAGUGUUUGCCCAUGUCCAGUACGCAUCGUCAGCUUCGUUGAUCGCAGCCCGGCGCAUCGAAUCCCCGACCAUCGGCGGACGCAAGCUGUAUUUGCAAGUUGCAAUGGACGAGUAAGCGCGGUAGACAGUCACAAACGUGUCGCACGUAAUAUUAGGAGAUUUGCAGCAGCAAGUGUAUUCAA